AUGGGUAAAAACGCUUGCCGAAUAACGAAGUCAGCUCAACUCUUGCAGUUGGCAAAGGCGUUGGUUGAUUCUAGUUGCAGUAGGCGCAAUCAAUUUUCAUGGCACCCUACUGAAACCGUUGGUCGUAUCAGGUGCCCUCACGUUGGAAAAUCGAAGCGCACCGUCGGUGCUCCUGCGGAGUAUGGCCGGCUAAAUAUAAGCCAACAGGGAGCAACACACGCUUUAAGACCCCAUAUAUGUAUUUAUAAUGUGAGAGUAUCACACGAUGCCACAACGUUGUGCAGUGGCCGCCUGGAUAACGACCGCCCAUGCGAUGUCGAACGUUGCACACCUUUCGCGUCCAUGUAUAUAGGCGCGCCAUCGGGGCUGUAUUUUGUGAAGAGGAGAUUGCACCUGAGAAACGACAGGCUGCAAUUUGGUCACGUGACGACAUUCUUCCUGAAGCUGCUGUUCGGCCCCAACGUGAAUAAAGUUGUUUACAAUGAUGCGCCGGACCUCAGUUGCUACCUUAGGCAUAACUUUAAUGUUUGUGCCAGUAACAUUUUGGAUCUCAGCUACAUGCACAUAGCGCAAUCGAGAGGAUGUCAGACUGCAACCAGCAUCUCCAUGAUUCAGGAAAUGCUCGACUCAAAAGCGGCUCAAAUGCGCGCGAAGCAACGCUUAAAUCGCGUACCUCCCCAAUGUCCGCACCGGCUGGCGAAGUUGCAUUGUGGGUGGGCGGAUGUUUUGCUGGAGCACCUACUCGCCAAACACGGGCAUUCCGAAAAUUCAUGGAAACGGCGAAUAAACGAAACUACGCAGCAUCUUUCGUCUGAGCCUCGCAAACAGUUCUCCAUCAGGAAGGACAGCAGCACUGCGCGCCUUGGCGAGUUCACGCCGUCGGUAUUCAAGGGCCAUCUGGAGGAGACAAUUUCCCGCGUGCUUGGAAAGCGUAAAAUGAUGAUUAGAGUUGCAGACGACGAAGUUUUUACGGCACUGGUGAAGUCCAAAUCGUACGUGGAGAGAACCGCGCUGCUGACACUGAACGCGUUCGUCGCAGCGGGGGCGCACAGCGCCGCCAAGCAGCUGUAUGCGAUUGUAGAACCGGAGGCGUUCAACCAGCUGGACGACCUCGAAGUCGGAGACACGCUGCAGGUAGUGCCCAAGCAAAUUGAAAAGGGGAUAGUCUGUCUACAUUAUUACCACGACAAGGUUUGCUGCCACGCGACGCGGCUGCACGGCGAUGCGCUGAUGUACAACGUUAGGACGGGGAAGCUCGUCCCCAGGUUCACUCCUCAUCGUUGA